AUGGCGACUACCAGCAUGGAUUACGAGGCCGCCAAUGGCGAUCGCUACGAAGACGAGGGCCCCCGUUAUGAGCGCGACAACCGAAGCGCCUCUCCCCGUCCUCUUCGUGACGACAACGACGGCGGCCGCCGCCGCUCUGCGUCGCCAAACGGUAACCCCGACAGCAACAUGAAGGACGUCUCUGGACCCAGAGAUGAUGAUGACGGUGCCAUCAACCCCGGAUCCAACCUCUUUGUCACCGGCAUUCACCCCAAGUUGUCCGAGGGCGAGGUGACGAAGAUGUUCGAGAAGUACGGUGAGGUCGAGAAGUGCCAGAUUAUGCGCGACCCUCACACGAAGGAGUCUCGUGGUUUCGGUUUCGUCAAGAUGGUCACCGCCGACCAGGCCGAUGCUGCCAAGGAGGGACUCCAGGGUGAGCAGAUCGAAGGCCGCACGCUAAGCAUCGAGAAGGCUCGUCGAGCUCGCCCUCGUACCCCUACCCCCGGCAAGUACUUUGGUCCUCCCAAGCGAGACCCUCGCCCUCGCUAUGAUGACCGCCGGCGUGGCGGAUACGGAGGUGGUGGCGGCGGCGGCUACGGCCGCGAUGACCCAUACCGUUACCGUGGCUACGAACGCAACUACGACCGACGUUAU